CAGAAAGAACAGUCAAAAUGCAGGCAGGGCACAGGACAAAGUACUAGGGACAAAAUGUAUGUGAAAUGAAAAUGACAAUUUACAUUUGCCGCCGUUCCGGCCCCCUUACGUCCCGACGCUCGCAGGGACCGGAACACGGAAACCAGAUGCCGGCAUCGGCCAGAGAUGGCCGGGGACGCUGCAGGGGACACAUCGGGGGAGCGAAGGACAAGGUAAGUGCUGCAGGGAAUCCCUGAGCAACGCCGCAUGGUAAGCCCGAGUGUAGCUCGGGGUUACCGCUUUUGGUACUGAAA